CCACCACAAUCCGCAGAAUCCUGAAACCACACCCGCCGGAGACCAACAUCGGCGGGAUAUAUAUUUUUCUUCCGGCUUCUCUUUUUCUGCCAUGGCUACUUCUGGGUUUCUUCUUUACCUACUUUCUGCCUCUUCCAUCGCCAUUCUCUCUGUUCUGUACCUCUCUAGCCCUUCUUCUUCUCCUUCUUCCUCCUUCGUCCUAUCCGAUUCUCUCUCCACCGACAAAAUAUGGCCGGAUUUGGAGCUGAGUUGGAGGCUUGUGGUGGCGACGGUGAUUGGAUUUCUCGGCUCCGCCUGCGGAACCGUCGGAGGAGUUGGUGGCGGCGGCAUUUUUGUCCCUAUGCUUACUUUGAUUAUUGGGUUCGACACCAAAUCUGCUGCUGCCAUUUCCAAAUGUAUGAUAAUGGGGGCUUCCUCCUCGUCGGUUUGGUACAAUUUGAGAGUGGCGCAUCCAACGAAGGAUGUGCCGAUUAUAGACCAUGAUUUGGCGUUGCUGUUUCAGCCCAUGUUGAUGCUUGGAAUCACCGUUGGUGUUUCCCUUAGCGUUGUUUUCCCCUAUUGGCUCAUCACUGUUCUCAUCAUUAUCCUCUUUAUUGGGACUUCCUCCAGGUCUUUCUUCAAGGGAAUUGAGAUGUGGAAAGAAGAAACCAUUCUAAAGAAAGAAUUCGCCAAACAAAGUGAGACUUUUGUGAAUUCUCGUGGCGAAUUAUUGAUUGAUGUAGAGUAUGACCCACUGAUACCCAAAGAGCAGAAGACAGCACUGGAAUUAAUGUGCUUCAAUCUUAGGUGGAAAAGGACCUCCAUUUUGUUGGCUGUCUGGAUUUCUUUCCUCAUACUUCAAGUUGUUAAGAAUGAUGUAGCAGUUUGUAGCCCUUGGUAUUGGAUCCUCUUCUCCUUGCAGUUUCCUGUAGCAUUUGCAGUGUUUGGAUAUGAAGCAAGAAAGCUAUACAAUGAACAUAAGAAGAGGAUGGAGGCAGGAAACUUGGAACACAUUUGUGAGGCUUCAAUAGGAUGGACUGGCACACACCUUGCUUUCUGUGCACUUUGUGGCAUUGUAGGAGGCACUGUUGGAGGCCUUUUGGGUUCUGGUGGUGGCUUUGUUUUAGGCCCUUUGCUCUUGGAGAUUGGCGUUGUCCCUCAGGUUGCUAGUGCUACUGCCACUUUUGUUAUGAUGUUCUCCUCAUCCUUGUCUGUUGUUGAAUUCUACUUGCUCCACAGAUUCCCCAUUCCAUUUGCUCUGUAUCUUACGUCGGUGUCGGUUUUAGCCGGGUUCUGGGGGCAGUUCUUUGUUAGAAAAAUGAUCGCCAUUCUGAGACGAGCCUCACUUAUUGUGUUUGUACUCUCUGGUGUCAUCUUUGCCAGUGCCAUCACCAUGGGCAUUGUAGGAGUAUCGAAAAGUAUAACGAUGAUACAUAAUCAUGAGUUCAUGGGGUUCUUGGAUUUCUGCAGCAGCCAGUGAGAGAUUCAUCACACAAACAGAAAAGUGUAAGAAUAGAAAGAAGAUUGGUGGAGGAAAAGAGGGUUUGAAUUUGUUUAAGCAUAGAAUUGGCCAACGCCUUGUUGACCAAUUCUCAAUCCCAUGUUGCCUGUGAAGAAAAAUAAUGAGGUGAUUGAUGACUGUUAGCUCCUCGCUGACAGCAUCAUCGUACCUUCCAAAGUUAUUUGAAUGUCUCAAAAUUGUAUUGUAGUGUUGUGGUUGGCUGUUAUGUUCUGUUAGCACCUCGCUGACAGCAUCAUCUGUUAAUUGAACUUUUUAUCAGUUAAUGUUGUGUUCGAAUAUUGUUCUCCUUUUUUA